CUCCAGCCGCCCUGACGAGGACCACAACCCGUCCGCUGUCAGCCAGAGAUGGCGGACCUCAGCGAGGUAACGGGUUAGCUGGGCGAGCUUUAUGAGUGUACGCUGGAGGUCUGGAACCUUGCGUAAGGUGCCAUCGGUCCCGCACUGGCGCAGAACGAGGCGAUAGAUAUGAAAAGCGCCGCGACGAUUCUGGGCCAGUCCCCGUGAAAGUCGCCAUCUUUAUUGGGGGCAAUGGAGAAGAGGGCGCCUGCGCGGUCACCCCUGACCCCAGUCGAGAGGAUGGCAUUGUGUAUCAUAGACAGAGGAUGGAGUUUGUGAACUCCUGUUACAGAGGGGCUUACCACACUGCUGAAUUUAUAGUCAAUACCAGCGCUACGCAGAAACAGAGAUUGACCUACAUAAUCGUACUGCAGGUCUUCAGCACCUGCAGAUUUUUGGCCCUGCCACUGUGAAUGGUGGGUCUUUUACCCAGCAACUCCCGCGGCAGAGAAUGUCCCUCAUCGAGUCAGCAGGACCGUGUGCGCAAGCGCAGAGCCACAGUCUUCCGAGUGACGGCGCAGGGGAGAUUCUCGUUUGGUGCUCGGCAGCCGGUAAGAGGCGACGGCAACAAAGAAGCGGAGUGGAACCAGUUAGCGUGCGGGGAACGUUCGUGAACGUUUAUUAUUGGGUAUGGCACCAAAUAAAUACCUGUAGGUCCUGCUAUUGCAGCUCGGAGGCUUUUUCGGUGCUUCGGAGCAGCAGACAUUUUGUUUUCAUGGGGCUGUGAGUGAGUGCGUGCGCAGCGUUCGAGCAACAUGGCCGAAUGGGCGGGGUUUAAUUUGGACACGUGACUAGAUGAUUGACACUUGGUCUGAUAGUGUCUGGCGAAAGGAGCUGGGAAGCUGAGACAAGAGGAGAAAAAACUUCGACUCAUUCAGCACGGAAACAGAUACUUAGCUCCAACUCAUCCAUGCCGACCAGACAUCCUAAUCUAAUCUAGUCCCAUGUUGCAGCACUUGGCCCAUAUCCCUCCAAACUCUUACAAUUCAUAUGCCCAUCCAGAUGCCUUUUAAAUGUUGUAAUUGUACCAGGAUCCACGACUUCCUCUGGUAGCCUAGACACACGCCGAUGUCCAAAGAUGUUUCAACUCAAACAGCGAAGGCAGUAACUGUGCAGAUUCACUGCUGUGUCAAACAACAACACAGGUUUCUUUCUCCGAUCGUGUGGUCGCUGCCUUUAUUAUUCUUUCACCUUUUUAAAGUGCCGUUGUUUUGAUCUUUUCUCCCCCCCCCAAACAUCCAAAGAAUACAACACCACAUAAAAUUGUAAUUGCUGCUCCGGGAAUUUGAGGAAAUCACCUCCAACACCUAAAAUGCCUCAAAAAAGGAGCAGCUCUUACAGCCACAAUUUUUUCCUAUCCUCCAUCCUGGAUUACCGUGGAGAGAAAAAAUUGUGAGGGUGAGGGUUUGGAUUUCAACCUAGGAAUGAGAGGCAGUGUGUAGGACUUUUGGGGAUACAAGAAAGGAAAAAUGGAAUCACAGGAACUGGAAUAAUCUAUUUUGAAUUUCCAUCUUAUACUGACAGUGAAUUACUUUUGCAAACUCCUUUUACAGGAUAAUAAAGGGGAAAUUUGCUCAAAAACCUCAAAACAAACUUUACAUCAAGAUCUGACAGAGUCCUUUGAUCCAUAAGGAUCUGAAUACUACUGGCCUUUAAACGUGGGCGAAGAGAUGUUCAUCUGAUCUGUCUCAAAGAGAUUUUAAACAUUAGUGUGACUGGAAAAGUACUGACAUGUCUAAGUGAGAGUACCCCAGUAAAUUAACUAAGGAAAGAACUUUAACCAGUUAGGUAGUCUGAAAAAAAUAUUGCACUAUUCAAGCAGGGAGAAACCUCACACACAUUCUGUAUGUGGGAGAGGCUUGCACUCAUCAUUCAACCUGGAGAAACACAAGGAUAUUAGCACCAUGGAGAAACCAUGGAAAUGUGAGGACUGUGGUAAAAGAUUCAAUUACCCAUCCCUGCUAGAAAUCCACCGACGUAGUCAUGCUGGGCCUGGGUCCAUGGAAAGACCAUGGAAAUGUGGAGACUGUGGUAAAGGAUUCUAUUAUCCAUCUCUAUUAGAAAUUCAUCGACGAAGUCACACUGGGGAGAGACCUUUCACUUGUUCUGUGUGUGGUAAAGGUUUUACAAAGUCAGCGUGUCUCCUGUCACACCAGCGAACUCACACUGAGGAGAGGCCAUUCAUCUGCACUUGCUGUGGAAAGGGAUUCAGGCAGUCAUCCCACCUCACUGCACACCAGCAAGUUCACUCUGAAGAGAGGCCAUUCAGCUGUACCUAUUGUGGGAAAAAGUUCAGACUGCCAUCUGGCCUGACUGAACACCAGCGAAUCCACACUGGUGAGAGGCCAUUCACCUGCUCAGUGUGCGGGAAGAGAUUCACUUGGUCAUCCAGUCUUAGAUCACACCAGCAAGCGCACACUGAGAAGAAGCCUUUCAGCUGCACUUACUGUCGAAAGACAUUUACACGUUCCUCCAGUCUCACUGAACACCAGCGAAUUCACACUGGGGAGAGACCAUUUACAUGCUCUGUGUGUGGGAAGGGAUUCACUGGGUCAUCCAGUUUCCAGAGACACCAGCGAAUUCACACUGAGGAGAGGCCGUUCAGUUGCAGCUCCUGUGGAAAGAGGUUUAGGCAGUCUUCUGACCUCAGUGCGCACCAACGAGUUCACACAGGUGACAGACCAUUCAGCUGCUCAGUGUGUGGGAAGAGGUUCACAAAAUCUUUCACUCUACUAAUACACCAACGCACUCACACUGGAGAAAGGCCAUUCACCUGCACAGGGUGUGGGAAGGGAUUCACUCAGCAGUCCAACCUGCAGACACAUCAGAAAGUUCAUAAGUGUCUGCUGCCUUUGGAUGGUGCAGUUACUGCUUCUGUUGAGCACGUUCAGGAUUGAUUAGAAAUCAUUCUGUUCAUGAUAAACUCUGUGUGAGUAUUGAGUUCAAAGUUCAUGUGUGUUCAAAUAUAACUUUUAA